UAUGAGAGGGACGCUACCACCGACUGAGCUACAGAAGCUAUCUGCUAUGACUGGAGAUUAAAACUAAUAUAAACCAAACCUUUCUCUGUAGAGUUAAAAAGAAUGAAAUAUGAAUUUACUCAGCUGCCGUUUGACAGUGGCGGAAGACUGUGAAAAUAGGCGAUAAAAGAAAGGAAGAAAAAAAGAAGAGUAUUUUUGUAGUUGACUUUGGCUUUACAGCUGGUAUCAAGUUUGUUGUUGCACUUUCUACAGAAGCAAAUGCUAAGUCCAUGCUAGCCAACAUUGAAAUUGACUCACUCAGGUUUUGGUAUGGACAACAGGUUCUAUCGUGCCGUAAAUUCGAGAAUAAUUUUUCAUUUGUAUUGAUAAGAUGUUUUCACUUACGCCAUAAUUAUUUUACCUAACACUGAGUUCUCAACUUGAGAAAUAUAAGGAAGCUUUAUACGCGCCUUACAAAUCCAGCUUAAGGUAUAACGACACCUCUUCAUCUGCUGCAUUGGACUGGUUUCAUCAAAUUUUCAGCGUAUUCAUUCAUUUUUAAUCAAUUAUUGAAAUUCCAAACAAUUUCACUGUCUCUACUCUUUUUAUAAGACCAAAGUGAAUCCCUUCAAGAAGAAUAUAUAAAACGUGGCUACUCAACAAUAACUCCUCAGAAGAAAAUAUAUCAUGUUUACUGGACUCAUCGAAGCUACUGGCGUAGUUCGCCGUGUCGUAAAGUCAUCUGAGGGAUUCUCUGUUGGCAUCGAGGAGCCCAAGAUUAUUAAAGAUUGUAACUUAGGCGAUAGUAUUGCUGUUAAUGGUACUUGCUUGACGGUUACAGAUCUUAACGAUUCAGGCUUCAUGGUUGGAAUCGCACCCGAGACCCUUCGUCUUACAAACCUAGGGUCCUUGACGGAAGGCGAUUCUGUGAACUUGGAACGUGCCGUUCUCAGUACGACUCGUAUGGGAGGCCAUUUUGUUCAGGGCCACGUUGAUACCGUUGCCGAAAUUGUAGAGAAAAAACCAGAUCAAGAAGCUAUUGUAUUUACAUUCCGUCCUCGGGACCCUUCGGUUCUCAAGUAUAUAGUCUACAAGGGUUACAUCGCCUUGGAUGGCGUGUCGCUCACGGUCACACAUGUUGACGAAAGAACCUUUAGCAUUAUGAUGAUUGCCUACACUCAGUCAUGCGUUAUCAUGCCAACCAAAAAAAUCGGUGACUUAGUGAAUGUGGAAGUCGAUCAGCUUGGAAAGUAUACCGAAAAGCUGGUGCAAGCCCAUAUUAAAGAAUGGUUUCAAAAAGAAAAACAAUAACUGCAAGUGAUAAUGAACUUAUACUUAACAUAAUAUAAAAUCUAUACUGAUCUGGUCUACACCACUUCUCUAGGCACUCUUGUCUAAAGUUAUGUUAUUCUUUCUCACUCCUAUACAUAAAAUAAUC